UCCUCUUGGGCUAGUCGCGGUUUAUCAGUUUUCGAUUCGCGCUUCGUUACGUUAGACACGCUUGCUUGGAUCACGCGCGUGCGAGCAAGAAUUCUUUUGCGUCGUCUGUAUUUUUCUUUUUUUAAUCUGCUUGAACUUUCGCGGGAAGACUCGCCGUUCCACAACCGACUGUGUUAUGAAGUUAAACUGUUAAACUAAAGAAUCGUUUAACGAACGGUUUCCACUUUAAUUGAUACCGUCAAGGGUGGAGUGUUUUUUUGUGUUGGUCGCAGGGAAGAUGUGGCUGAAAAUCCUCUGUUUGCUACAGCCCUUCCUGUUCGCUACGUGCAUCUCCUGGUUCGCCCAUCCGGCCGUACUGGAAAAUGAUGCCAACGAGGCCCUGCUGCCGGAUUAUCAGCGCAAUCCGUUCUAUCGGACGCCACGGGUGGCCAACGCGUUGGCCCGCUUCAGUUGGUUUGGUCCCGGCGAGGAACUGGUCCGGGAGCGACAUGCCGAGAAAAUUUCCCGAGCCGACAUCUACACCGUUCUGACACAUGCCGGUUUUGUCCCGCGGAGGUUCAACGGGUUCUAUCGUUAGCUGCCGGAGUCCGCAGUUCGGUGACGAAGCCAAACCUGCCAAUCUUUCACACAUUGCCAAAAAAUAAGUUUUUUUUUAUUCAAAUAUAUGUAAAUAGACCUUGUCAUAUUAGCUUCGGAAUGAUGGUGAGUGAGCUCUUCGGAGAGAAGUUAGGAGUUGAAAUAAGUUGUACAAUCCAAGGCCGACCAAUUUUUUAAUCACGACCGUGGAUGAUGGAGGCCAAUUUAGUUACAGAUUUAUGAUUUUUCACGCCGUUUUUCAGUAUUUUAGCACGCUAGCACCUCAUCUUCGCGAUAGGACGAACCGUUAAAAAAAAUGUUAUUUCUAACGAUCAUUGUUAUGUAAAUUGUAUAGGAAAAUAAA